CGUCCCCAAAGCUGAUGUACUUCUGCUGCAAGAGCUCAGCUCUGCACCAAGCUCGAUCUUGUACAUCAAUGGAGAAAACCUAACCAAAGUUAGGAUCGAUGAGAUGGAGUACUGCUCCUGCUGAUGUAUCCUCACCUUUCAUCUGACCGGGAGUCAAAGCACUGCUGCUCCUGAUGUAUUUGUAACAGAUGCACGGCGCGUACCGCGUGAGAUCGGUGGGCAUAAAAACAUGAUGGGGCUUUUGCGUUCAUGCCCCUACUUUCAAUAUGAAGUUCAUCAAUGGUGAUUUAGCUCCUAAAACCAUACUGGCAACAGCAGCACUGAGCACUCAGCCCUGCUCUUACCUCUCCAUAUAUACUUGCUUCUCUCGCUUGCUUGGCCGGCCAAGUAGCAAGCUCGCUCACUCCUCGGUCCCUAGUCUGGCAAGAGAGAAGAGAGAUGGCUCGCCCCUACCACCUGCCCCUCCUCUCCGUCUUGUCCUUCCUGCUCCUCACCGGCCUUGUGACUGCUGAUCUGUCUGGAGGGAAUAAAGUCGGGAAGAUUGUGACCAUGACCGUCCAGUACCCGGCCGCGGGCUCGCCUCCGGGGGAGAAGACCACGAUCUCAGCGCACUACGUUGAUGAGCACGGGGGCGGCGACCGCCGCUUCGACCUCGACUGUGACGACGACGAGCCCCUCGGUUUCGCCGUGAAGUACCUUAUCACGACCCUGGAGGGGAUACGAGAUGCGCGGGAGUCUCGAUCCGAGCUCUAGUACUACCUGGACCUUCACAUACGUACGGUGCUCAGCAUGGUGGAUGGUUGCAUGUCCAGUACCCAGUGGAGUAGGCGCCUUUUACUUUGUGCUGUAGUAUCAGACUAUCAGUAAGGGAAAAUUUCUGGCUGUACUUCCAUAUUGUUGUACCCUCUAUCAGUAACCAGUGCCAGUCGGAGAGGUAGCAGUGUGGUAUAGUACAGUGUGAAACUCUUCUAUUCUAUGGUGUGGUAUCAAGUAUCUCUGUAGUAUAUCUUGGAUUGUGUGUGUCGCUUAGCAUAAGAGAAGAUCGUGUGAAACUCUUAUGAGUUCGUUCGAGAAAGAAAAUUGUAUUCUUAUGUCUUCUAUUCUAUGCAUUAAUUUUCUGCUAAA